AUGGCGGCCGGGGAGCCGAGGGAUUCGGGCAGCUACUACUUCAGAUUCCUGCCUCAGAGAACCUUCCAGUGUCUGAGCACCCAGGAGACCACCAGCCGGCUCCGCCAGUGGUCCAUGCUGGGCAGAGUCGCGGCUCAGGCGUUCGGCUUCGACCAGACGUUCCAGGCCUAUCGCAAGGACGACUUCGUCAUGGCUUUUUUCAAAGACCCAAAUGUUAUUCCUAAUUUGAAGUUACUUUCAGAUUCUUCUGGACAAUGGAUUACAUUAGGAUCUGAAGUGAAAAAAAUUGAAGCCACAAAUGUUCCUUGUACACAGCUUUCAAUGUCAUUUUUUCAUCGGUUAUAUGAUGAAGAUAUUGUACGCGAUGAUGGACAUAUCAUUAAGUGUUUAGAUUCUUUUUGCGAUCCCUUUCCUAUAUCUGAUGAAUUACGAAAAGCGGCUCACAAGUCUGGCUCCUUAACCACAUUGCACACCUCCUCCCUGAGGGCCCCAUGUGGAAGCACACGGGGAGAUCAGCCGCAGGUUUUACUAGUGGAAGACUCAGAAAAAUAUGAAAUAUUUAGCCAAGCUGAUAGAGAAGAGUUCCUGUUUUGUCUUUUCAAACAUCUUUGCCUUGGUGGAGCCCUUUGUCAGUAUGAAGAUGUGCUUAAUCCAUAUCUGGAAACAACAAAGCUUAUCUAUAAAGAUCUAGUGAGUGUUCGAAAGAAUCCUCAAACCAAGAAAAUACAAAUUACCUCUUCCAUCUUUAAAGUUACGGCAUAUGAUUCCGCUGGCAUGUGCUACCCUUCAACAAAGUCUCAUGAACAGACAUUUUCUUACUUUCUUGUGGAUCCGAUCAGGCGUCAUGUUCAUGUUCUAUACCACUGUUACGGUGUGGGGGAAAUGUCUUAACAGUAUUCUUUCAGAUUAUCGAUUUUACUGUUUUUACCAAUUUUUUAUUUUGACGUCAUUUUAUAGCGUCUCCUUUGCCAGUUAAUUUAAGUAAAAUGUAGAGAAGCCGCAUAGAACAGAAGGACGCAGUACAAGAUGCCUGUCCUUAGAUUUGCCUGGAGUGGCAGCAUAGGGACCGACCUCCAUCCCUACCACGGUCUACACCAAUAUAGUUGUGGACAAUUUACAGAAAGUUACAAGGAACCAAAAAUCCAGUCCGUAUCUGUCGCAUUAGGAUUCAAGUAAGGCCUCGAUUUUCCACGUAUUUUACUUUAGAAGCUAAUUAAUUUUAGCUUGAAACUGUGGCAGAAAACUGACCAUCUCUCCACUGAUCAUUAUUAUCAACUGUUAGCUUUUCAAAUUUGAGUUUCAUUUAAUUGCAUUUCUUCAUUGCAUAAAGAUUUACACGUCCAGGGUGGAAAAUGCAUAACAAUUCCUUUGCUUCGUUUGUCCCAGUUAAAAUCCUCAAUAAAAAAGUCAUGUUCUGAAAGUAA